AUGACUGGUUUUGCUCAAGAAGGUACUGUGAAGCUGAGACCCAUCUUCUCCCUGGCAGGACAGAGUGAGGCAGGGCUGGAGGUAUCCUUUGGGGUGUCAGAGGCCACAGCGCUGCCGACAACACCACCUCAUGCCAAGGAGAAGACUGUGCAGCUGGAGGGAUCCUGCUGGAUCCAUGGCUUUGCUAGAGCAAGUGGUACGUGGUGGAACUCACCAGGAGGCUCAGAAACCGGAGGUCAAAACUCACUAUGGAAGAAAUUUUCGAAAUGGAUAAAAGACAAAUUCACACCCAAAGUUUCAGAAGAUCCACAACUGCGACUGGUAUCUGGAGGGGACCGAUGUGCCGGGAGGGUUGAAGUUUACCAUGAAGGCAAAUGGGGGACGGUCUGUGACGAUGAGUUCAGUAUGAACAGUGGCAACGUUGUAUGCAGACAACUUGAUUGUGGUCAAGUUGUCUCCGUCUUGGGACGGUCUGCCUUCGGCCCUGGCACAGAAGACAUCCACCUGGAUGAUGUGCAGUGUACAGGAACUGAAUCUUACCUUUGGGAGUGUCAGCACGCCGGCUGGAGCACACACAACUGUGGACACCAUGAGGAUGUCAGUGUCAUCUGUUCAGAGGAAAUUGCCACCUCAGCUCCCAAAAUCUCAACCAUAGUUUAUGAAGACUCUGAAAAUACUGCAGAAUCAUCCAUUUCACCUACCUCCAUUACAGGAGAUGGUGAUACCUCAGCUCCAGAAAUCCCUUCCACAGCUGCUGAAGCUUCAACAGGUUAUUCUGUCACAGAAAUAGAGGACUGGAUCACAUUUGCCCCAGUCACAGACAGUAGCGAGCCAUUAGCAACUCCAGCAUCGCUAUCUACGCUGAGUGAAGUGGAUCCCUCCGCUCUGUCCCUGCGACUGGCAGACGGUGAUGGCAAGUGCUCGGGCCGCGUUGAACUCUAUCACAACGGCAGCUGGGGAACGGUCUGCGAUGACAACUGGGAGCUGGCGGAUGCCGAGGUGGUGUGCAGGAGGCUGGGGUGCGGAGAAGCUCUGCUAGCUGUGUCUGAAGCCCAGUUUGGUCCAGGCUCUGGGAACAUCCUCCUCGAUGAUGUACAGUGCAGAGGGGAUGAAGACAACCUCUGGGAAUGCUCCCACAGAGGGAUCGCUGUCCAUAACUGCCAACAUAAAGAGGAUGCCAGUGUCAUUUGUGCAGACAUGUCCCUGAGACUGGUGAACGGAGGGGACGUGUGCUCAGGACGCCUCGAAGUCUUUCACAAUGGGAGCUGGGCAACUGUCUGUGACGAUGGCUGGGACAUGAAGGACGCCAUGGUUGUGUGCAGGCAGCUUGGCUGUGGAGGUGCUCUCUCGGCCAAAAUCGAUGCGUUUUUUGGGGAAGGCACGGGAGAUAUUCUCUUGGACAACGUGGCAUGCAGCGGGGACGAGUCCUCCCUGGAGCAGUGCUCUCACAGGGGACUGGGCACACACGACUGCUACCACAAGGAAGAUGCUGGUGUUAUCUGUGAAGAUCUGCAUUAUAUUUAUGUGAAGUUUAUUGAGGAAAAUGAAGAAAAUUCCUGCCAGCUGAGGAUGCAGAAGGAAAUUGUUUUGAUGGAGGUUCUGGCACUAGAUGAACGUGGUGUGUCUGAUCCUAGACAUCAGUGUAGGCUGGCAGGCCACUGCAUGUUUGUGGGCUCAGCUGUUUCUGUCCAAGUGUCGGAUCAGCCCCUGCAGACCACACGACACCUGAAACAGCAG